AUGCAACCAGCGAAGUCCAAUCGUCCAGCCAUUCCUUGGAUCGACCCUCCAAAUAGCAUUCCAAGGAAGUUGGUUAUUCCCUUCAAACCGUUUAACGUGAAUAUUGAGCGGUUCCCGCUCAAGCGUCGGCUGGAAAUCCAGCAGCUUCCGCCUUUCGAUACCCUUCCUCGUAUCCUGAUACCAUCCUCCAAGAUCGAGUUGAAGCCUCCCGUCCUUCACUGUGGUUGGGUUGUGAACCAAGCAAAGCUUUUCCAGCAUGCCAAGGAACUCAAUCUACCCGUCCUCUGCAACUCGCGAACUCAUAUGAAGGAUGCCGACAAAGAUUAUGAUGACGACGCAGGGUUCGACACCGACGAUUCGGAGGAGGAGGUCACCGCCAGGAACCUCGAUCCGGAUGAGGACCGUGUCGGGUACUUUGUACUGUUGCAGGAAACAGUAGAACUGUUGGCUGAAGAGCUCCAGUUGUCUUGGCCUCCUGGCCUGUUAUCCAUUCUCUCGCCGCUGAACGCUGGGAGUCCGGUUAUCUUGUCGUUGUUCACGAACUACGACCUCGCACUAGCCCCUUCGUUCAAGUCGGUGGAGGCGCUUCGCGCCUGGUUCGGCGAGACAGAGCAGCCGAAGUGGUAUUUGGACCAGACAAACUACAAGUGGCGCCCUGGAGAUGGUCGUCGAUGGUGA